CUUACUUCUCUCCUCAACUUGGCGCCAUCACUUGGCGUCUCGCGUCCAGCAACCUAGUUUUUCAUUGGAUCUCCAGAAUUAUGGUGCGAUAACACGGUGGGGUGCAGCAGCCAGAGCCCAGAGGAGUCUGUAAAAGACAGGCAAAGCCUGAAGAAGCCUUUCCACUGGCAGGCGCAGAGCCAACUAAGAAUGAAAGGUAGCUGACGAUGUCGCCGGCCGAGCCCGGCGGGGGUGCGGCACCCCCGCCGGGGGUUCAUCCUCAUCAUGCGCUCACAGCACUUCCGCGGGCCCCCAGCCGCGCUGCUAAGCGCGGCUGGCUGCAGCGACUCUGCUUAUGUGGUGCCGGCAGCGAGCAUGCGGACGAGUUACAUCCCGGGGUGGUCGACGGAGCUGGGGGGACCGGUGGCGCUCGCGGGCUGCGCAGCGUCCAGGGCUUGGAUACCGCUGAGGGCCUGAAGGUGGGCGCUGGCAAGGCAGCUGCUCUUCACGGCGCCCAGCGCGCACUCAGCUCCGUCCUCGCUGACAGCUGCUGCCCCAGCCAUAGCCCCAGCGGCGCGUUGCCGGAUGGUGUCGCCGGGGGCGCCGUGGGCGGCGCGCCCGCGCUGCUGAUGGCCACCCUCACCCUCAACAACGUGGGCCAGGUCAGCAGCGUCAACUCCCUUCGCCUCAGCCCCUCAACCUUGGAGGUGGAGGCGGGGGUUGCGGGCGCCGUUGCGGCAAUGGCAGGGGCGGCUGGCGGCGGGAACAGCGCCUACCCCGCCGCCACUGCCGCAGUGGCCUACCAGUAUUCCCACAGCAGCUAUGCCAUGUCGGUGCCGGUCGCAAACGCCCACGCCGCCGCCAGCUCUGGAAACGUCAACCUCGCUAACGCCUCCAACAGCGGCGUGGCGGGCGCGCAGCCCAGCAGCGGCGCCAACUCCGGCACCUUCAUUGACCUCCCCACCAUCGCCGUAGCCGGCAGCCCCGCGCCGCUGUCGCCGCUGCUCGUCGGCACGGCGGCGGCGCGCGCCGCCGCACGCCGCAUGGUCUCACCUGAGAUCGGCAGCUCCCUCUCGGGCGUUGGCGCCGCCGACGGCUCGUCUUUAAGCAGUGCGCCAGGCCGCGGCGGCGGCGGUGGAGCUGGAACAGGUCCCGGCACGGGCACCGCCACGGGUGUGCCAAGCAGCGUGACUGUGGGUGGAGGUAUUGUCGAGGCUGACGCAAAGGCUGAGGCGCAGGCGGAGCUAGAAGUGCUGCCGUUGUCGAAUGCGCCGUGGCUGCCGGGGGACGCAACGGAUGCGGCGGGCGGCCCGGCAGCGGCAGCAGCGGCAGGAGGCGGCAGGAGGGCGGGCCCCAGCCGCGGCGGCGGUGGUGGCGCGCUGGUGUUUGGGGCGGUGGGGCGGGAGGGCUUGCUUGCGCUGGCGCCACCGCGCGGCAGCGAUGCCUCAAACAUCGUGGACGCGUCGUCGCCGCUGUCGCCCAUCGCGUCCGCCGCCAACUCGGCUGCGGGGGCCAUCGGCGUAGCAGGGGCGGGGCCAGGGGUUGUGAGCUCGGGACUGCCGCACGGCGGGGUGGCGUUGUUGGGCGGCGCGCUGCGUACUGUUGCGGGCGCCAUCUCGCCGGUUGAUAUGCGGCCGGUGCCAGCCAGCCACACACUGGGGCCAGGGCCGGGGCCGCAGCCGCCGGCGCCGGUGAAAGCCGCGUCCCAGCACUCGCCACCGGAGCGGCCGCGGCAGCCGCUGCCGCAGGCGAGCGCCUCAGCGCGGCAGCCUUCGUCGGGGCAGUUCCGCACGCCCGACCACCACAGCAUGCUGCACGGCGCGGCUCACGCGCCCUCCUCUGCGCCCCUGCAGCCGCCGGCGCACCAACAGCCGUACGGACCACCACCGCCGCAGGGCGCGCAACGGCCAGGCUUCCCACCGCCGCCGCUACACAUCGCGGCCUCACCCUUUACCUCUCCGCCCACGUCGGCUCCGAUGGCACCGCCGCACACGCCGCGCACCUCGCACACAGGCGUGUACGGCUACCACAGCGGGCUGCCCGCCUCACCGCACCAGCCCUUGGCGCCGCCGCACCCGCACUCGCACUCGCAUCAUCAGUUCUUCGCGGGGCAGCCGGGCUCGCACCCGGCGUUCAACCUCCUCCCACACUCGCGUUCGGCCGUCUACCCGGGGGGCAUGAUGCCAGGCCCGGGAGCGUUGCCGGUUGGGGCCGGAGGCGGCGGUGGCGGCAACAGCGGCACCCUAGGGCGGCGGUCCUACAUGGGCGGCUAUGCGUACGGGCUGGGGGGCGGCGGCAGCCGACGCGCCUCCGCCACGCCCGACGCGCUGGCGGCCGCGGGACUGCUGCCGCCCAACGCCUUCUUGCCAAGCGGCGUGUACCCGCACAUGAACCUAGGCGGCGGCGCCGUGGGGCCGGGCGGCGAGGGCGCGUCGGCCGCAUCGUCGCUGCACCCCACGCCUUCUGCGCCGCUGCAGCUGCUGGGAGGAGGCGGCGCCGAGCCGCAGAGCGCCGGCGGCAUGGCGCGUGGCAGCGUGAGCGGCCUGUUGGGGUACUCAUACGCCAGUGGUGGCGCCUACGGCUACGGGCCCGCUGGGGACCAGAGCGCCGGCGGCGGCGACGGCUACGUGAUGGACGGCAAGUCGGUCCGGUCGUUGGCGCUGUCGACGGCGCGCAACUCGGGCGGCCUGUCUCCGCGGCCCGGCAGCGCCUACGUCUAUGGCGGCAUGGGCAUGGGCGGCAUGGGCUUGGGCGGCACGCCGGGUCACCACAGCAGCACCGGCCCGGGCAUGGCGGGCGGCGGCGCGGCGGCGUACGCGUCGCCGGGGCUGCCGCCGUCGCCGCCGCGCAGCAGCAUCUUGCCGUCGCGCGUGUCGCUCAGCGGCGCGGGCAGUGUGCUGAGCCUGCCCAUAGAGACCAACUCGCUGGCGGACGUGACCAUGCCGCACACGGGCCUGGUGGGCGAGCAGGCGGCGCUGGAGAUGGGGCUGCUGGCGCCGGCACUGGACCUGUGGGCGGCGGGCGCGCACGUGUCGCCGCAAAGCAAGAUCUCCGCCGGCGCAUACGGCGUCGUGUACCGGGGCCUGUGGCACGGCUGCACGUGCGCGGUGAAGCUGAUGCUGGCGGCCAGCACCGAGAACCUCAGCAGCCAGCUCACAGAGGUGUUCCUGUGCAAGGCGCUGUCAUGCCACCCCAACAUAGUGCAAACCUUCGACUGCAACGUGUGGCGCAUCACGGCAGACACGCUAGUGGCGGCACAGUACCUGUGUGACGGCGGCGCCGGCAGCCCCUACAUUGGCGGGACCGGCGGAGGCGGCGCUAGCGGCGCCGCCAGCGCCGCCAUGAUGAGACCGUACGGCGGCGGCGGCGGCGCGUACUCGCCCGCCACCGCUGGCGUUUUCGGCAUGGUGAAUAAUGGCGGCAGCGGCCUCACGACGCAUAAUGCCUCGCCUGCGACGUACGGCAUCAGCGGCGCGUGGGCGGGCGGCAUGUACCCGCCGGCGCCGGGGUCGUGGGUUGCGGGUGCGGGCACCGGACCGGUGGCGGUGGGCGCAGCCGUCAGCGGCCCCGGCGCCGCGGCCCCGGUGACCUUCCUGCGGCCUGCGGGACCCAGCAACUCGUUCAGCACCGAUGUGGUGCCUUCGGCGCUGCUGGCGGCGCACAGCAGCGUCGGCGGCCCGGGUGGCGGCGGCGGUACUACCGGUGGCGGCGGCACCACGACCAAUGGCGGCGGCGCCGCCGCCAGCACGGGCGGUGGCACGCAUCCCGGCGGCCCGGUCGGUGCGGGUGGACCGGCUCUUGGUGGAAUGUUCGACACCAGCACGCACUGCGUCACCAACGCGCCGACGUCGACGGGCACCCUGGCUAGCUCUCUGCCGGGCAGCGUGCAGGACGUGACCAUGCGGCGUGGCUCCAACACCAUGCCAAACUACCAGCACUACCCUGCUGGCGCGAUCCUGGAGUCAUGGAGCAUGAUAGGUGGCCGGCCCUACAGCAUCAACACCGCCGGCGCGGUGCAGAUGCAGGCCGCGCCCAUAUCGUCUGCGUCUGGCGGCACCCCCGGCGCGGGCGGCGGGGGCGGCGGCACGGCCGGGCCCGGUGCCGGCAACAGCCCAGUAACGCCUGACGGCGUCGCGGCGGCGUCAGGGAGCGGCGGCGGCAGCGCGGGCGCGUGGACGCACGCAGAUGUGGUGGGCAUGUUGGCGCGUAUGGGCAGCAUGGGCAGCAGUAACGCCAGCGGCGGCGGCAGCAGCGCGGCGCAGCGGGGCCAGGCCCUGAUGCGGCAGCGCAGCUGGCGCGACGGGCCGCAGGCCGCAGCGCUGGUCGCCGCCGCGGCCGCGGCAGCCGCUGGUGCCGGCGGCAGCGGCGGCCCUAGCGGUGGUGGCCCGAUAGCGCCCGGCGGCGCGGCGGCGCAGUCGCUGCUGCCUCGGCUGCUGCUGGGCCCGGUGAGUGAGGAGCGGCUGUCGGGGCCGGAGGCGCUCGUAUCCGCGUCCGACGGGCCGUCGGGGCCGCAGCCCCACGCCAGCCUGUGCACCUCGCAGCAGAACACGGCGCCGCUGGGGUCGCUGACGGCUGCGCUGGGCGGCGUCAUGCAACUGGGCUCGAGUGCCGGCGCUGCAAACGACAACUCCAACACGACCAUCGGCGCCAGCCUGGCCGGCGGCAUCACCGCCGCCGCCGGCAUCCUGCUGAACAGCGGGACCAACGGGCCGGGGAGCGCGGCGGCGGGCGGCGCCGGAGGGUCUUUGACCAACUUUACGUUGUCGGGGGCCCUGGCCAGCCCCGGUUCGUCCAGCGUGACGGCGAUAAGCCCCGGCGCGGCGGCGACGACGUCGAUGAUGGCGCGGGCCAGGGUAGGGGCCAUGGUUGCGGCGGUGGAGGCGCACGCGGCGUCUGCCGCGGCCGUUGCCGUCACAGCGGCUGGCGCCAACCUUGCGGACGACAUAUCGCCCCUAGGCUCCGGUGUCUGCUCCGCGCCGUUGUCCCUGGUCGCGGGCUUGCCGGCUCGGCAGCUGUCGCAGUCACUGCACCGCCGCUCAUCCAAGCCCCAGCAGCCGUCGCAGUCGGGCGCGCAGCCGUCGCAUCUGGGCCGGACCAGCUUUGGUCGAGUCAGCAGCGGCGGCGGCAGUGGCGGCGGCUUGGCAAGCAGGAGCGUGUCCAACGGCGGCGGCAGCGGCCGGCCGUCCCUGCUUGGGCCGCGGCUGCAGCAGUCGCAGCAAGACCUGGUGCCGCAGUCGGACCAGGCGCGCGGGCUGCAACAGCAGCAACAGGAAGAGGAGGCGGAGGAGGAAGCCACUGUUGAGUCGCGGGCGCCGACACAGGCGGAGCGCGGCGUGACGUUGCUGGCUGAGGUGGCCACCGCCAAGGGCGCGAACACCGUGUCCCUUGUGGCGUCCGCCAACGGCGUGCAGCCGGGCCAGGCCUCAGCAGCGCCGGUGCCUGCCACGGAGGUCGCUGCGCUUGCGACUGACGGCGGCAUCAGCCUCACAGCCCCAGCCCACACCACCAGCGGCGCCGGCGCCUCAGCCAUUGCUGUGGCCACCGCCGUUGUGACCUUCUCCGCGCCUGCCUCUGCCUCCGGCUCGCGGCCACAUCUGAUCCGGACCAGCAGCACUGCGCCGGAGUCGGUCCCUGGCACGCCUCGCGGCACGGCGGGCGCCGGAACGGCGGUCGCGUCCGCUUCUGCCUCCGCCGGUGCAAGUGCCGGCGGCGGUGGCGCCCCUGCUGCAGCUGCGGGCUCUGCCGGCGCUGCGUCCAUGCUCUCCGGCAGCGGCGCGAACGUGCAAGGACUCACGGCCGGGGCGCUCAACACGCAGAGCAGCACACGCUCUGCCACUGGUGGCGGCGGCGUCAUGCCUGGCCCACUGGGUCUUCCCAGGUAUCACGCCCCUGGCUACGCCCCCGCUCUGAUGGGUGGCCCCAGUAACAUGGCCCAUGCCGCCAGUGCGGCGUUAGCCGCAGCGGCCGCUGCCGCCGCCACAGGCGCGGCCGGCGCACGGUUCACUUCGCCCGACGCAUACCCGCGCGGCCCCAGCCCCGUCCCGGGCACCUUUUCCCGCAGCGCCAGCAAGCGCAGUGCGGGCGCUGCCGGCAUCGGCCCCGGCGGUGGCGGUCCGCUGCACAACGGCGGCGGCAGCGGCAGCAUGGGCGGUUCCAACGGACCCGUGGGCGGCUUUGCCGGCGCCAUGCCAUUCAGCCCUCAGGGGCCGCUGCCCACUGCCGGCAGCCCCUUCACCGCAGGCGCCGUGCCGCCCGGCGCCGUCGGCCCCACCCUGCCGUCAGGCGUGGUGGGCGUGGGCGCCGGUAACAUGGGCAUGUUCAUGGGCAUGCCCAGCGGCCCGCUGUCGUCAUCGCAGCCGCACUACCAGCUGUGCAGCUCGCCUGCAAGCAGCGGCAUCCUGCCGCCCUCCAUGCAGCCAGCCUACCUGGCCGGCGGCUUCGCAGUUGGCGGCUUCGGAGGUGGCUUGGGCGGCGGCGCGCCGGGCGGCGCGCACGGACCGGGCAACGGCGGCGGCAGCGGCCAAAAUUACACUGGCACGGGCGCGAACGGCUACGGCGGCAGCCGGCUGCUGUCGGAGCGGUCCAUGCUGGGUGUGACGGCGAUGGGGGUGCCCAUGGUCGUCAACAGCGUCGCCGCCGGCGCGUCCGGGACCGGUGGCGGCGGCAUGCCGGGUGGCAGCUACGCCGGCGGUUAUGCCGGCGGCUACGCCGCCGGCUACGCCGCCGCCAGCGGCGCCGCCGCCGCCGCAAGCGGCGUUGGCGGCGGCGGCAUGGCGCACAGCUCAAGCAUCAGCAUGAACAUGGCGGGCCUGGCGGGCGGCGGCACGGUGGCGAUGGGCAUGGGCAGCAUGGGCAUGGGCAUGGCGGUGGGGCUCAGCAGUGUGUCCAUGAGCGGGCCGCUGCAGCCCAAGAGCGCCGUCAUGACGGGCGACGACGGCGACGCCGAGGCCGCGGCGGCGGGCGCGCGCAACCUGGCGCACGUGCUGCAGCUGCUGGGGGCGCGGGACGGGCAGCUGGCGGUGGUGGUGGUGAUGGAGGAGUGCGACCGCGGCAGCCUGCAGCAGCUGCUGAACAAGGUGGCUGCCUCAGCACGCGGCAGCCUUGACCGCGCAGGCGGCGGCGCGGGCGGAGCUGGCAGCGGUGCGGGCGGCAUGUACGCCGGAGAGGUGUCGAGGCCGCCCACGUAUGCGCCGUUCUCGGGCGGCGGGCGCUACCCGCCGGCAGCGGCGCUGCGCGCGCUGGUGACGACGGCCAAGGAGGUGGCUCUGGGGAUGGCGUUCCUGCACGUCAACAACAUUAUCCACGGCGACCUCAAGCCGGGCAACGUGCUGAUGAAGAGCAGCCGACAGGACCAGCGCGGCUUCAUCGUCAAGAUCAGCGAUUUUGGACUGUCACGGGUCAUGCACCACACGGCGCAGCCGCAGAACGCGCUGUACGCGGUCGGCAGCGGCGUCGAGCCCACCGUCAGCGGCCAGGGCAUGGACCCACACGGCGGCGGCAGCGGCGACGCCGACGGCGACGCGGGGCCGCACGGAGCCCUGGACGGCACAGUGCCCUACCUGGCCCCCGAGCUAAUCAACCGCAGCCAGCGCAGCAAGGCCAGUGACGUGUGGGCGUACGGCGUGCUGCUGUGGCAGCUGGUCACGGGGCGCCGGCCGUACGAGGGGCUCAUGCACGUGCAGAUCAUGGCUGCUGUGUGCUCCGGCGAGCAGCUGCUCAAUUGGCCGCCCGAUGCGCACGCCGCAUUGGUCCACUUGGGUCGCGGCUGCCUGGCGUUCAACCCGCGUGAGCGGCCCACGUUCGCCCAGAUCGUGCGGAAAUUGCAAUCGUUUGAGCAGGAGAUACGACACAUGUGAGCAAUGCCGGCUGCCAGGAAGUGCGCCUCUUUCUUUUAUCAUCCUCAAUAGAGAAAGCCGAGGCGAGACAUUUGAGGAUGCGGUUGCCUGCGAAGCCACUAGAGCAAUGGUGGCUGCUGAUGCAACAAUAAUGUGCGAGCCCUAGAGAAGCCCUCUACAUGUCGACAGUUCCUAGAAGCAGGCGAAGAAAAAAAGAGUUACUGUAGAUAGAUGAGGAGAUGCUGUGCAAUUGGCGCCCUUUCGUCGUCGCUACGCUGUGGAACUGAUAUGGAUAAAUGCCAGAAGCACUAGGCCCCCCUAUGGUAGAGCUAAGUGGAGCGAGAGCAGGAUAGGUCCCAAGGAAGCAUCCUUUCAGCAGGCGUGCGUUGAUUUGCCGUGAAUCGCUCAGCAGGAUUGGAUUGGAGUGGUGGAUGUUGCCGCAGAGGCAGGGCGCAUGGCUGUGCAUGGCUUCAUGUUCCGCGUCGGUGAUCAAGUAUCCCUGGGUUCCGUCGUACAACGGCUGGCGAUCAAUGUUUUCCAACCUUGUUGCUCUCGAGUUUUUGGAGGCGGCAAUGCGGCAAUGGCAUGGCUGCAUCAGGGCUGCGGCUGCUGCGAGUGGUAACGGCAGCCCUAUGAAGGAAUUUCAGCACACGGGGUUGGUUGGGAUUUCGUGGUGUCCGGCGCGGGGGUAUUCAUAAUAAUGCGGGGCAGCGCGGAAUCGCCUAUUGACUUGCUGGUGGCGAACAGGCACUGAGCAUGCAUGUAUUUCCCAGGAUGGCUGAUCGCUUCUUCGGCCCUUAUGGCUGGGUCCUUGUGUGUAAGCCGGCGGAGGAGCGGUGCCGGCGCACCGACUGAGACCGGCUGAUGCUUGGUCAGGGGCCUGCAGGUGAACUGAGCACAUGUCGUGCACUUGUGUGUAUCUUGUUUACUGGGCUGUGGCUACUGACUGAACACCUGGUGGGCGGUGUCUGGCGGCACAGGCUCCCGCUGUGGCCGGGACGCGAAUCCAUGGACCGGCGAUGAGCCUGCGGCCCAAGACGCUGGACGCGUUCAGCCGUGCUUGACGGUGGCAACCACAGAGUACAGAUGGAUGCAGAUCAAACGCUCACCGGCGGCGCUGUCGCCAUAGGCCUGGGCAUGAUUUGGGCAGGUAUGGAUUUGGCUGGUACAGAUGUGUCUUUGUUGUCACCUCCAAUGCAUAUGUGUGGGGGCAUGGGUUUGAUGGAUUGGCGCCAGUAUGGUGUACAUGGCGUCAGUGCACAUUGGUCUUCCUCGUGGACGACCCUAGCAUUUGGAAUGCGGCACCGGGGCGAGAAAGCCCGGCACGCGAUAGCUUAGCAUAGGGAUUACCGUAGUGUGGCGGUUUGGCAGGCUCCUGCGGUGUUUCAGGCCGUUGGUUGUGUAGCGCUGGCUGGCGUGAGUGGCGGGACUUUAGCAUCUAGCAAGCGCGUACAGGGUCCAUACAGGGUCCAUACAGGGUCCAUACAGGGUCCAUACAGGGUCCAUCCAAAGCGUGGCCGCCAUACGCUUCUAUCAGAGCAUGCUGGAUCCUGGUGAUCUGAAGAAAGGUGGGGAGAUGACGCGAGAGACGUGCAUGCGUUUUGUAUUGGGCAUGACCAUUCGUUGCUGGCGGCUUGGUCUGGGCGUGCCGUGCUAGCCUGCUAGCUGUGGCCGAGGCGCAACGGGGGCCCUACGUACGGCAGCCAGUCCUGCGCCGGUGCAAUGAAUAAGUCGGACUCCGUGGUUGAUUUUCUGUGAGCUGUCAUCGACGAUGAGCUGGACGUGUGGGCGCUUCAAGCAUAUGCAUCGCGUUGUUGGCAUUGUUGUGUCAGUCAAUAGGGGUGGUGAUUGGUACCGGAGUUUGAGUGAGCAGUUCAGCAGUGAGGGGUGUGGCAGACGCAUGCAAGUGGAUGGCUCUGUGCCAGGCCAUUGCUAACUCGGCAAGGCCGAGACGUGUAACGCAAACUUUGU